CUACCCUAGUCAGCCUCCCUCGAUCGCCAUAUUGGGUACUGAAAAGGUUUGUCUGUUGUUUCUUCUCUCUUACUACGAGACGAAAUUGACAGGAGUGGCUUCAGUUACGGCACUUUGUUUUGAUGGUCUGUCGAGACUACUUUAGCUCAUAUUGCCAUAUUGGAAGUUAGCGUUUCUUUACAGACCUAUGCAUGCGUUUGUGUUGAUCAGCCGAUUUACUCUUGUUUUGGAUCGCGGCGAGCAAGGAGGAAAUAAGCAUUUUUAAGUGUUCUAUUUGGACGUUCUUUGAUUCUCGGAAAAUGUCAAAUGUUCGUGUUUCAAAUGGGAGCCCUACAUUUGAAAGGACCGAUGCUCGGUUUUCGGAUCACCCCAAACCGUCAGCCUGCAGGAACCUUUUCGGCCCGGUGGAUCACGAAGAGUUAAGGAGGGAUUUAAAGGGACAUUUGCAAGAGAUUGAAGAGACGUCCUCAGCGAAAUGGAACUUCGAUUUUUCAAGUCAAACGCCCCUAUUAAACGGGAGAUUCGAAUGGGAAUUAGUGGAUAGUGAAGACAUUCCACGUUUCUACAGCAGAACUCAACGAUCGGCAAAGGGCCUUUGCCCCUCUGGGAAUAAUAAUGUGGAUCUUAAUGGGAAUAGUUGUGUGACUCCACCGCAGCCCUCUGAAAACACAGAAAGGUCGGAGAGCAAAGAGCAGUGCACCGGGCAGAGAAAAAGACCAGCCUGCCAUGACCUCUCGUCCCAAAAUAAAAGGUCACACAGCAGUUCGGAUGACAAUACUCGUUGCCCAGCCUUGGCGCAUUCUGUAGAACAUACACCCUUGAAAACCAGUCCCAGGACUCAAACGUGAAGAUGACAAAGAGCUGAAGCCGUAUUUCCCCUUUUGUCAUCAAAAGCCUCAGUGUUGGUUGAUUUUUGAAGAGGAACUACAAAGAAAAUGAAACAUAUCAAUUCUCCUGAAGGAUGGGGAUGCUGUGCAAGCACUGAAUAUAAACACUAAAGUUCUGGCACUCAUAAAGUUACUGCCUCUAAAAGCAGUCAAUGUAGCAGUGUGCAAUUAGGUUUUCCUUUUUUGCUCAUUUUUUUUACUACCUGUGUAUAUAUUUCUCUUCAUAUGUAGCACAUAAAACGUAUUAUGUUUUUUUUUUAAAUCCUUUAUGUAAAAGGCGUGAAUUUGAUUUGACUUGAAGAAUUGCAGUGUAUUUUUGUUUUCAAAAUGCUGUGUAUCUUAAGGCAGUGAGUGUAACCUGUUGAAGUAUAAUAAAUCUGCUCCAUUGAGAAUUAUUAUGGAUUAAAUAAUUGUUCCUCGUCAUUAUAGAUCUUCAUAGGUCAUCUCUGUAUGUAAGGAGAGAAGGACGGUACUUAAUGUGUGGCCUUGUUGUUUUUUUAAGGUCAUUUAAGUGUCACUCAAUCUGGGUUCUCAUCCACCCCACAAACUAUUUCUGUUAUGACACAACAACAACAAAAAGGUUUGAAGUCAGCCAAUAUUUUUUUUGUAUUUUGAGAGAUUCCGGAAUAUCACAUUUUUCCUUCUCACCCUUUUUGAAAAUGUAGCUUAUUUGAAGUUGUGGGAGGUUAUCAUUUGCUGAAAGAUAGUCUAUGUUAAUUAACUGUACUGGUUGUAUGAAUCGACUGUAUCCUCUCCCUGACAUGCUAAAAUAUGUCUUUGUUACUUUAAUGGUUGUUACUUUUUAAUGAGGCGUUUCCAUAUGGGUGGAAUAAUGCCCUACAAUACCAAAUACCUGGUUGCUUCAAUAUGGCUGUCGACGCUUUGACUGACCAUCAGGUUGCCUUGACAUUGUACUCCUGCGUGAUUAAGAAAGGUAAUAGAAUUUGUUCGCCCCCCCCCCUUCUUCUCCAUGUCAUUGUUAGACUGCUGAUCAUAUAAAUGUAGCUUCGAAAAUAACUUUUUUCACCCAGUUACAAUCAGCCUUUGUUCAGAGGCUAAGAAUUGUCACACAAAAAAGCAGUCACUCUGCCUGUGUAUUUCGUGUAAAUCUUUGAAGUGUACAUAACUGUGUAAAAACACUGAGAAAUUAUACUAACUUAUUUAUGUCAGGCUUUUUUAAAUGUAGAAUAAAAUGGGGUUUUGAUUACGGUUAUCCAAAGUGGCAUUUACAUUAUACUUUUUUUUGUUUUUUUUGUAAAAGCAUAUUUUUGCUAGUUUUUAUUUUAUCAAAUAAGGUUGCAACCUGAGCCUGAUUAAAAAAAAGAUUUGAUGUGCAUUUUGUAUUGUGUGGUUAUAAGAUAUGUUGCAAUCAAUUAAAACUGAGAAAUGACAUCUA